AUGAGCAGGGACAUCACUCCUCUUCCGAGUGUGGCCACUUCGAGAACUACUACCCGACACGCCUCGCUUGUUGACUCAGACAGUAUCCAGCGCGUCUGUGAAAGAAUCGAUGCAAGGCUAGCCACAGCAGCCGAUCCCGAGGGCCAUCCAAUCGGAUACCCUUAUGCCUACGAAUACUCGAACGUCCUGCCAGCAGGCAGUGUCGACAGUUCCCCAACACUACCAUGCGGGUUCAACGCGGCUGUGGACGAGCACAGCUCCCUCCUGUCCCGUGCCCAGACAGCCCCAACAAUCAAAGCACAGCAGAGACCACAGCUCAACACGGUAAUCUCCUGGACAUCCAACGCCACCCGGCGCACCGAGUACGAGAAAAUCGACCGUGCCCACAGCGGGGUCCGAGGAUUGGUGCGCCGUGUAUGGCCCCAGUGUUUGCGGAAGAGGAAUGGCAGGAGAGGAUUCUUUACCGGCGACUGCGAUGGCGACAGCGUGCGCCGAUUUCGUAUGGACGUAAGUGACGAUGACGAUAGUGACGCGGAGGAUGAGACAGAGCGCAAUCUUGAUCUUGGAAUUUUCGACGAGAAGGCCGUACUGGAGAUUGUCAAUGCCGAACACCCCAGGAGUAAUGGGCCUCGCAAGGAGGCGCUGAAGGGGAAGGAGGUGAAAACGAGGAAACCCUGGCUGUCGUGCUUCGACUUAUGA